UCGCACUUGGCGGCGUAGCGGACUUCAUUUGGCCGCCGAGAGCCUCCGCGAGCGGCCAUGGGGUCCUGGCAGGCGCGUCCCGAGCAACAGCAGCAGCAGCAGCAGCAGCAGGAGCAGGAGCGGUGGCACUACGAGGAGCUGGCACACAAGAGCGGAUUUUCCACAGAACAGAUCAAAAAUCUCCACAAAAGAUUCCGCCAACUCAGCGGAAACAAGGAGACGAUAAGCAGAGCAAAUUUGGACAGCAUUCCAGCACUAGCCAACAAUCCCCUCAAGAAGCAAAUCAUCGAUGCUUUCUUUGACAAAAGGAACCAGUGGCAGGACGACGAGGUGGGCUCCUUGGAGGAGAUCGGCUUGGAGCACUUCUUGAUGGUCAUGAGUCACUUCCGGCCGCCGGCGCACAAGAGCGGCGAGGAGGAGCGGCAGGCCGCCAGGAGGCAAAAGCUACGCUUUUUGUUCAACAUGCACGACACGGACGGCGACGGGAUCAUCACGCUGGCGGAGUACAGGAAGGUGGUGGAGGAGCUGCUGUCCAAAAGCGGCGCCAUCGGGCACCAGACGGCCAAGGCCAUCGCCGACGCGGCCAUGUUGGAAGUGGCCAGCAUCAACGCGCCGCACAUGGCGCCGGAUGACUUCUACGAGGGGAUUACCUUCGAGCAUUUUCAACAGAUUCUCAAAGGUUUGGAGAUGGAGUCCCGGAUGCACAUCCGAUUUUUGGACGUGGACACCACCACCAUGCGCUGCGGAAAAGCCCCCUCUUGACCACCUGGCUAACCGCUCGUUAUGUCGCCGCAUAUGUACAACCUGUCUCGGAUUCGUGAUCGUUUAUCGCGACAUUUCCGGAUUUAGUUCCAAAUGUUUUGUGUUACAGUUUAUUAAGUAUAAUUUUUAAAAGGUAUUUGAUUUGUUUGUGAUUUACUACAAUGAUGUGGCGUCACUUCACAUGCAUUUGAUUUUUUUUUGGGGGGGGGGGGGGGGGAGAACAAAACCAACCAAACCAAAACAAAAAAAAAUUUUUCACUAUCCCCUUUGUUUAAUUUUUUUUUCUUUUUUAAUCAAAAUUCUUGAAUAUAAACAAAGAAAAUGCAAACCGAGCCAAUUUUUUAAAAUCAAUUUUUGGGUGCUUUGGAUAAAAAUAAAAAUAUGCAGUGAUAA